GUAUCUCAAUCUUGAUAGAGAGUGUCGUGUCGGGUCAACACUAGUCCAGAACAAUAAUUUUCUUAUUAUCUUCUGUUUCAAUUUAAAUAACUUACAUACAGUGAUGAUAUUGCGGUAUUAAUCAGCAUCUUGACUAUAGACAAAUUUAUUUAUCGACUCGCAUCUAAUACACGUCUAAGAACCACGUCUUCGAAAAUUAGAGACAAUGAGCCAUAAGAUUGCUAAAUAAAUAAAUUAAAAAUUCUCCUAUCUAAUCAAAUUUCAUGACAGAUAAACCAAUGAUAAAAAACAGAUAAAGGAAAAAAGGAAAUUUUUGUUAAGGUAAAUUAGAAACGGGAAAUAAUUUUCUUUCUUUAUUCGUGUAAAAGUAAAAAGCAUGCACUUGAAAGUCCUUUAAACUGGCACUAAAUGAAAUAGAACACUUCCGCACGUUCUUUAAAUUUUAAUUUAAGUGUGUUGAAAAUCGGUAGUGUGACGAACAAUUUCAUAAUAAAAACGCUUAAUAGUAAAGUUUUGGUAUCUUUACGAAAAUAAAAAAAAAAGUUGAAAAGAAAACUCAUCUCUCCGAAAUAUUCAUUUUUUUUGUGUGUGCUGAGAGUGCGACGGUUAUUAUGUAAUAUUAUGAUGGCAUAAAGAUUUUUUUUUCGAAAUUGCGAAUAUCUUUCUCGUCUCUUAUUAUGUUUACAAUUGUCACGUGAGCAACUGGUGUAUUUUCACAGAGAUAUAAUUAAAAUGCCACUAUAUUCGGAUUCAUCGUACUACUGUGGCGGAGCGCAACUUUAUUCACCGUACUAUGUUCCAUCGUCAAGUUUUGCUCCAUCAUUUUCUGGCUACAGUCGGAAUGCAUUGUCGGGAACGUAUUCAGCUCCCCCAGCUAGAAGUACAUUUGCGGCAAUAAAUCGACACUACAAACCCAUGCUAACACCAAUAUCCGAAUCAUAUGCAGCCAGACGUCCACAAAAUCUAGCUUCACUCACUCGAAUCAAUUCCCCGAAAUUGAAUCUGCAUAGUUCGUACAUACCGCCAAGACCAAUUCAGAUCAAUACAGCCGAUAUCGAUGUAUCGUCGUCUCGGUACCGUAGAGCCGCGGCCAGGUCAAAGUCACCCGAAAAAAUCGUUUAUGGAAAAGCGUCAUCACCAGCUAACGAAAAUGAUUCACCAUUUAUGCCAAGAGUUGACCAAAAUGAUCCACCACAAAAUCGAUCGACGAUCAAGCGCGACAGAAAUAUUGUUCGCUUAUCGACAAUGCGAUCGAGAAGUAAAUCACGAAGUAAGAAGAGUCAAUCUAGUAGCUCGAAAAGUUCAGUUAAAAAAGACAGUGACACUGAAGCGACCACCAGCACAGUACCGCACAGUCCAAGUCCCGACACAAAAGGCAAAACGUCAUGGCGGGAUAAAUUCGGAGAUGAUUUACUAACAAAAAACAAGGAUGUGGUACGAAAAACUCCCGGUGAGUUAAUUUUGGAAAAGCACAUUAUAAAGCCGAAACACAAAGAGCCGGAAGAAGGUCAAAUGCAGAAAACUGAAAUUAUUUACUUGGAGCCAAAAUUACGGAAGUCUAUUCGACGACACAGUUUGGCGAAAUGUCCAAGCUUUAAGGAUAUUUGUAAGGAUAUUUCGGCAGAGUUAAAAGUGAAUGAUGAUUUGAAUGCUGGUGAAUUGCGACGUCGUGCCUCGUUAAUAUUUGAGGAAGAACAGCAAAAUAUUUUACAGAAAAUUGUCGAAAGCGGGGCUGAGUCGGUAGAUGAAGCUUUAGUUGCUGUUGAUGAACAAAUCAAUGAACCAAUUUUAGAAGAAGCAGAUGAUAUCAAUCUGAAAUUGAAACAUAGCCGGCAUAUAGUCACUGCUAUCGUUGAUGUUGAUAAUAUGGAAGAAAGGGCUGAAACUAAGGAUGUUCCAAUUGAGCAAAAUAAAUCACCGAAGUGGAAAGUGGUUGUCGAAAAAAUUGAGGAAGACCACGCAAUUCAUACAGUGUUUAAGCUGCCGAAGAAAAAGGCGAAAACUAGCACAGAUGGCGCACCAAAGGUGGCCAAACCGAAACCAAUCUCUAAAAUCAAGAAAUCAGAAAGCGGUGAAGAUUUUUGGGGCGCAAUAGGUACAAGAGAAACAGUUUAUUAUGAUCAGAGACGACGAGACCUUUUAGCAUUAGAAAUGAAAAAGAAGGAAGAUGAUCUCCUUGGGCUUCAAAAUGCUGAAAAUUUACAGGAACCAAAGAUUGGAUGUGAAGAUGAAACCGUAGAAACUGAGGUCACAAUAAAAAAAUCUGAAGACAUAAAACCAAAGGUCGAAAAAACGGAACCUUUACCAUUGAAAAAGUCCAAAUCAAAGCCAAAAGCGAAUGUGGGAGCACCUGUAGAAAAGAAUAAUGCUGCUGAUGCUGGCAAGGCUACGGAAAAGGUUGAGCAGGGGUCUGUAAGCGUCGAAAAGGCUAAAGUAAAAACUGUUGACAAAGUCUCAGUGGAAACAAAGAUAAAAAUUGGCCAAAAACAGAAAAUUGUAGUGAAAAGCAUUGAGACCGCAAUGCAUCCAAAAUUAACCGAAAAUAAGCAGCCCAAAAUACAAAAUGCUACCGUGACAAUCAUAGAAAAGCAAAGUAUUAUCACGAAAAGAUUUGAGUCCGCCCAAAAGUUAACAAUAUUACCGUCUAAAUCACCAGACGUAGCAACGUCUUCACAGUCAACCAUAACACCGACUUCCACUGAUGCAUCCCAAAUUACAACUGAUAAAUACGAUGCAAAUAUGAAUAAUAAAAACGUAGUAAAAAUACAACCAUCCAAAAAUUCUGAGAUACAAACGCCGCUAAAAAUAACGACUGGGCUGAAAGCCAAGUCACCUGAAAUAAAACAGAAACAAACAAAAGUAAAAGAUUUUGCAACGAUGAAGGAAGAGAAUAAAAUACCAGCGACGACAGCAACUACUGAACACAAAUCAGCCGCUGAAAACAUAAAUAAAAUGAUCAAAGGUAUUUCAGGAAGCAAUGUAGCGGCUAGCAGCAGCAACAACGAAGACGACGGCACCACAUGUGAUAAGAUGCAAAAUACAACCGAAAAUAGUUUCACUGAAACUCGGUCAGUGAAGAAACGCAAUGAGAAUCAGGUCACGAGUUCAUCGAAAAUGUCACCAAUAUAUCGCAAAUAUGAUGAGAAAGCGAACAGCAAAAAAUCGUCCAAAUCUAGUACGAAACAUUCGAAAGAGUGCACACCCGCCGAUGAAAUAAAUGACAAAUCAUUAUCGACAAACACAGGUGAUGAUUUAAAUAAAACGAAUAGUUUAUCAAAGUUCCCAACGAUUGCCAAUUUAAAUAAUCUAUCUCUUACUACCAAUAAUAAAUCAAGCACGGCUGAUGAAUAUUGCAUUAGCGGUGAGGAGUCUGAUGUAACGUCGGUUUACGGUUCAGACUCUGAAUAUUCGUCGGACGAUCUAAGUAGUUCCGGUGAAGACGAAAUGGGCUUAAAGCGUCGCCAUAAAAAGAAAAAUAAAGACAAAAACUUCGAUCCGAAAAAAGUGGUCAAGCUCGAUCACAAGCGGAAGUGUUAUGUAGUCGAUGAAAGUCCAAAAUAUCCGUUGAUUGCAACACCACGUCCAUUGCAGAAACGUUGGCAUUACUAUAGUGAAAGUGAAACCGAAAGUGAAGAAACGAGUGAUGAAAACAGUUCUGACGAAAGUUGUUUCGUUGAAUGUGCUCAGUCCGGAAGCGAAAAAGGCAAAGAAGUACGUAUGAGUACAUGCAGCAAUGAUUCCGGAUUUGAGGGCGGUACCGCACCGACCAGCCCCAAGAAAAUGUUGGGAGUUCGUGAAGCGAGAGAAUCACCAAGUACUCCUCCAAGUCAUAAUCCCGCAUUUAAAAUCGAUUCAAAUCAUGACGAUUUAGAGACAUCAUACACAUUUGCACAAUUCCAACGGUCAGGACGUAUUACAGCACCUGCGACCACAAUACCUAGAUUUAAGAAAUAUGCCGUAGACGAUUUUCACUUUCUUACUGUGCUUGGGAAGGGUAGUUUUGGAAAGGUACUUUUGGCCGAACUGAGAAAUACAGAGUUUUACUACGCUGUAAAGUGCUUGAAAAAAGAUGUCGUCCUGGAAGAUGACGAUGUCGAAUGUACGUUAAUUGAACGAAAAGUAUUAGCUCUAGGAACAAAACAUCCGUACCUGUGUCAUCUGUUUUGCACCUUCCAAACAGAGAGUCAUCUGUUUUUUGUUAUGGAAUAUCUCAAUGGAGGCGAUCUAAUGUUUCACAUACAAGUAAGCGGACGCUUUCCCGAACCGAGAGCGAAAUUUUAUGCCGCCGAAAUUAUUUCCGGAUUGAAAUUUUUACAUAAGAAAGGUAUAAUUUAUCGUGAUUUAAAAUUAGACAACAUUUUAUUGGACUUUGAUGGACAUGUCCGAAUAGCCGAUUUCGGAAUGUGUAAACUGCAAAUAUAUUUGGACAGAACGGCAGACAGCUUUUGCGGAACACCGGAUUAUAUGGCACCCGAAGUAAUAAAGGGGCUAAAAUACAAUCAAGCUGUCGAUUGGUGGUCAUUCGGUGUUUUGCUCUACGAAAUGUUAAUUGGUCAAUCGCCAUUUAGCGGAUGCGACGAAGAUGAAUUAUUUUGGUCAAUUUGUAACGAGAUUCCCUGGUAUCCUUUCUAUUUGUCCAAGGACGCUUUGAAUAUAUUAAGCAAAUUAUUAGAGAAGGAUUCAAAUACGCGAAUGGGUGCACCAACGAGUCCUCAUGAGGACAUAACGGAAAAUAUUUUCUUUAACGAGAUCGAUUGGAAGAAAUUGGAAAGACGAAUGCUGGAACCACCGUUCAAACCACAAGUGAAACAUCCCCUAGAUACCCAGUACUUCGAUCGAGCAUUCACAAGAGAACGCGUACGUUUAACUCCAAUCGACAAAGAAAUUCUACAAUCAAUGGAUCAACAGCAAUUUCAAGGUUUCACCUACACAAACCCCAAUGCAACACCUACUUGAAUUGAGAGUCAUCCUAUUUCUUAAAAUUUAAACCAACAAAA